UCCCUCACGUUGUGCGGGCUGGUGACUGGCAGCGGCUUUCACGUGCCGCGGGAACUCCAGCUUUCACGCUUUGGUACUCCUUGAUUUGGUGGGCCUGGGGGCUUCCUUUCUACAGAGAUGCCGAAGGUGAAGUCGCGGGCCAGCGGCCGCCGCCGCGAACGACAAGAACAGCUCCGGGAGCUAAAGAGUGCCGGAGGACUCAUGUUCAACAAGGGGAUUGGGCAGCACAUUUUGAAAAAUCCUCUCAUUGUUAACAGCAUUAUUGAAAAGGCUGCCUUAAGACCAACUGAUGUGGUGCUGGAAGUUGGACCUGGAACUGGCAACAUGACUGUAAAGUUGUUAGAAAAGGCAAAAAAGGUAAUUGCCUGUGAACUUGACCCAAGGCUAGUAGCAGAACUUCACAAAAGAGUUCAGGGCACACCUCUGGCCAGCAAACUUCAAGUUAUGGUGGGCGAUGUGUUAAAAACGGACUUGCCAUUCUUUGAUACUUGUGUGGCAAAUUUACCUUAUCAGAUCUCUUCUCCUUUUGUCUUCAAGCUACUGCUGCACCGACCUUUUUUCAGAUGUGCUAUACUUAUGUUUCAAAGAGAAUUUGCUCUCCGACUGGUUGCAAAACCCGGGGAUAAAUUAUACUGCAGACUAUCAAUUAAUACACAGCUAUUAGCACGUGUGGACCAUCUAAUGAAAGUUGGAAAGAAUAACUUCAGACCACCACCCAAGGUGGAAUCCAGUGUUGUAAGGAUAGAACCCAAGAAUCCACCACCACCUAUCAAUUUUCAGGAAUGGGAUGGCCUAGUAAGGAUCACGUUUGUAAGGAAAAACAAGACACUGUCUGCUGCAUUUAAAUCAAGUGCAGUACAACAGCUGUUAGAAAAAAACUACCGAAUUCACUGUUCAGUCCAUAAUAUUAUAAUACCAGAAGAUUUCAGCAUAGCAGAUAAAAUACAGCAAAUCCUAACCAGCACAGGUUUUAGUGACAAACGGGCCCGUUCCAUGGACAUAGAUGACUUUAUCAGAUUGCUACAUGGAUUCAAUGCAGAAGGUAUCCAUUUUUCCUAGCUAUUUGGAAAAUAAUUUUGUCACAAUCAAGAAAAAAUGAAUUACGUAUUUCUAAUAUUUGAGAAGAUAAAUUCGCUUUUCCUCCACGGGAACAUUUAUUUGCUCGACUAUUUCUGAUUUAAUAUUAAUCUGUACUGUUUGUUAUUUUGUAUUUUUAGGGUGGUCAGUUUUAAGUACCCAGGGCUUUUUGGUUUGUUUUGAAUAUAUUACAUAUGGCAGGGUUCAGUCUGUACACUGUAAUCUUCCAAGUUCAAGAGCCGCAGAUACGCACAACUUUAAACUUAUUUCUAACAGUUUGUUGUACAAAGAUGUUUCUCUUCUACUUACUGUGUUAUAUACUGUAAGGCCCUCUUUAGGCCAUCAGCUCUGUCCCUCAAGUUAAAGUGUGCUCAACUAGUCACAUAUUCCCUAUACCAUUUCUUACUCAUAUGUGCAAUAAAAUAGUUGUUUCUUAAAGUGUUA